AAUUGAGUCAAAUUAAUGGACCACACAUUUCAUUAUUGAGUCAAAAACUCAAAAUUAUGACUCUUUUACCGGUGGGUGGGUGGGUGGGGGAGAAGCAAAGCAAGCCUUGUUCACAACUCCUCCUGCUUCCAUUUCGCCUACACUGUAAUUUAGAUUCCCUUCUUUCCCCGUUCGUUCGUGUGGUGAUUCAUUUCCAUGGUAGAUUUUGAUGGAUGCUGAAAACAUAUUGGAAGAUGAGGGGCAAACCCUUGAAGCACAAGUCAAAGCCUUUUUCGACUCUGCUCCUCCUUUGAACAGCAGUCAUGAAAUAACUCAAAAAUUGAAUCAAUUCAUUCAACGUAAUUCUUCAUCAUCAGAAAAUGGGGAAGCUAGGAGAAUUGUUUGUGUGACUUCUGGGGGUACCACUGCUCCAUUGGAGCAACGGUGCGUCCGCUAUGUUGACAAUUUCAGUUCUGGUCAUAGAGGGGCCACGUCCACCGAGUACUUUCUGAAGGCUGGAUAUGCUGUUAUCUUUCUGUACCGGAGGGGAAGUUUCCAGCCAUUUUGCAGAUCCCUUCCGGAGGAUCCCUUACUUGAAUGCUUCGAGCCCACCAACGACUUAAAUAUUCAAGUUCGGAAGGAUUAUUCUGAAGCUGUGACAAGUGCUAUUGUGGAUCAUCAUACUGCAGUGGCAGGCGGUCACUUGUUAAAACUUCCUUUCAACACCAUAUUCGAGUAUCUUCAGAUGUUGCAAAUAAUUGGAAUUUCAAUGAGGUGUAUUGGCCAACGUGCAAUGUUUUAUCUUGCUGCUGCAGUAUCCGACUAUUAUGUUCCUUGGAAGGAUAUGGUGGAACACAAAAUUCAGUCAGGAUCUCACCUCUUGGAUGUGAAACUUGUUCAAGUGCCAAAAAUGUUGUCAGUGCUUAGGAAAGAUUGGGCUCCUCUGGCUUUCUGCAUAUCUUUCAAGUUAGAGACAGAUUCAAGCAUUCUUCUAAAGAAGGCUAAUGCAGCUCUUGAAAAGUACAAGAUGCAUGCAGUUGUUGCAAAUGAACUUUCAACUCGGAAGGAGAAAGUAGUGGUCACCACUGGUAUUGAUAAUAUUACUGUUCUGCGAGACAAUAGCGAGUCUGCUAACGAUGUAGAGAAGCCUCUUAUUAAACUUCUUUCUGAGAGACAUGCCACUUAUAUCGAGGAUUCCGGUCGGUGAAUCUACGGAAUGACUUUGGCUGACCUUUUUCUUCUCCUUGUUGCAAUUUUGGGGAGCUACAGUUUUGGUUUCCUGUACUCUCGCGGGUUCUUUUUAAGCGGCGUUUAACAUUAUGAACGAUAGAGUAAUAAAUACAAUUAAUGUAUUUGUGUUAAAGCUAUUGUUUAACUUCUUAAUAUAUCAUUUGUUCUUCACAAUUCUAUCCCUUAUCAAUUAAUUGAAGAUAAGGAUAUUAUUGAUACAAUAAUAAUGUUAUUUGAUUUUUUUUAAUGAUUGUGAUCAAAGAAUAAAAAGAAGAAUUAGUCAAUA